UCCAAUGUUGUUGAACGAUCUACCUGAUGAUUGCCUUUGGUUGAUCUUCGACUGUUUUUUUGAUUUAGAAGAAUUGAUCAAAUUGUCUCAAGUUUGUUCAAAAUGGUCCAAUUUAAUUUCCAUUAGAUUCAAAAGAGUCAAAUAUCUCAUCACUAAAAAACCUGAAGAUAACAUUGACUAUUCCAAAAUAUGGAUGACUGAUCCAGUAAAUACUCUUAAACAUCACAAUUUACGAGAAUUGUUACCAAAUCUCAGGAUUGUCACUGUGGUUGAUUUUCUCCACAGGUAUCAAUUGAAACCAAGACAUUUCAAAAAAGUGAUCACCGAUAAUCCGAAGAUUAAAGGUUUGAUAGGAUUGAGAAACGAGUGUGCAGUCGAUUUGAAAAAUAUCGAAAUGAUCUCAAUGAACCAUAUGGAUGAUUACAGAAAAGUCUUUCAACCUGAUCAGUUGAAACAAAUUUACUUUGGGCUUCUUCAUGUAAAUAAACUUCCUGAAUACGUUGAAUAUUUUCCGAAUUUAAAGCGGCUCCACACUUGUCUCUAUGGAGAUGAGCGUUACAAUGGUCCAAAUUUAUCAAAACUAAAGAUUCUUGAAGCGGUUUUGUCAGGGUGGGAUGGAAAUGAGGACAAUUUCGAUUUAUUAGAUUUUUGUCCGUCUCUCGAAAGUGCUUUAAUUUGCUGUGCUCCAGAUGAUCAACAUAUUGAUCUUUUAAUUAAGAACUACAAUCUAAAAGAUUUAGUUAUUGAAAUACCAUUGGUAGAUUACAUGAAUUGGUCAUCUAUCCGAAAACUGUUGACCAAAUUUCCAAAUUUACUCCAUCUCGCGAUCAGAGGAUCUCAAGAUGUUGCGGAUUGUCAUGUGGAAGAAUUGGUUCAACUAUUGCUACAGAUAAAGCUAUUGGAUUUUAGGGAAUCUAAUGGAAUUACUGUUAAAUCAGCUGAUUUCUUAUCUAAAUUCUGUCUCAAAUCUAAUCGAUCCAUCAAAAUCUAUUAUGAUUGUGAAAAUGAACCAGAAGACUGGCCCAAAUACGAUACACCUCAAGAAUCAAUUGUUUACGGAUUCAAUUUCAUGAAACAUUGUUUUUAUAAAUCUUUUUCUCAGCUUCCAUUUCUAAUUGAUGAUCAAAUUAAUCUAUUAGAGUAAUAAAUCUAUCAGACAAGAUUUUGCAAUGAAAAAUAAAUUUUAUUUGUUUGCUCUCAACAGUAGUCGAACUCACUGAAGCAAUCACAAUAAGUUCAAAUUGUUAUACGAAAAAUAUUGAGACUCAGCGCAAUUAAAAUCUUU